AACCAAAAUUCAUUUACAUCUUUUAAACCCUCCGGUUUAGUCUACUCUCUCACCUCCCGAGUUGUGCUUAUCUUCUUAAGGUGUCGUUUACAAUUCUUCCAAAAACCUCAAAUUUCUUCUCUUUACAGUAAAAAAUUCAUCAGAACCUCGUCGCGAUUGAUGGUUGCGGUGAUGCUUUGUGGGUCAUCUCCUCCGAUUACAUCUCUUCUCUACCCAAAAACCUGUAAAUUUGGUCAAUCAAAAUCGAAUUCAAAGAGAUUCUUCUCUCUGCGCGCUUCAUUGCCUGUUUCCGAUAACAAGCUUCAAGUCGAAUACACACCAUGGCUUAUCGUUGGGCUUGGUAACCCAGGAACAAAGUACUACGGAACAAGACAUAAUAUUGGUUUUGAAAUGAUUAAUCAUAUAGCUAGAGAAACAGACAUUUCUAUGAACACGAUUCAGUCCAAAGCUUUAGGAUUCACUGUGACCAGAACAGGUGCUGUUGGAGAGGUUCCGAUUUUGUUGGUUAAACCUCAAGCAUAUAUGAAUUUCAGUGGUGAAUCGGUUGGGCCAUUAGCAGCUUAUUAUCAAGUACCCUUACGCCACAUUCUGAUGAUAUAUGACGACAUGGGUUUGGCUAAUGGUGUCUUGAGGCUUCAACCAAGAGGAGGACAUAGCCACCACAACGGGUUGAAGAAUGUGAUAGAACAUUUAAAUGGCUGUCGUGGCUUCCCUCGUUUAUCAAUUGGAAUUGGGAAUCCACCAGGUAACAUGGACAUGAAAGCGUUUCUUCUCCAGAAAUUCAGCCCCUCAGAGCGCAAACAGAUCGAUGCGGGUAUGGAACAAGGUGUUGAAGCUGUGAAGACACUUGUUGAAGAAGGAUUCAGUGACAGUAUAUCUCGAUUCAAUUUGGGGCAGAAAUACAAGUUUCACACAGUUUGAUUCACUGUAACAAGUAACACCACCAUUAUCAUAGUCCAACAUUGUCAUUAUCCUGAGGUUAUAUUGUAAGCUGAAGAUCAAUUUUAAAUGUUGAUUUUUCCUCUUUUAUUUGACAAAAUUUGCUGUUUUGCCUCUAAUUUGUGAAUGUAUGUGUACUAAUCACCUAGUUGGAGUUAUUUUUGGCAGUUUAAUUAACUAUGAAAUUAUCUUAUGGUUAAA